AUGGCUGCGACUGAAAGACGUGGUCAUGAACGAUCUGCAAGUGCUGAAUUUAAUCGUGUUGAUCGAGCUGUGCAAAUUCAAAAUGCAACUGAAAGACUCCGCUCUGAAAUGCUUAACUAUGUAACUAAUCGUUUUGAAGAAUUCACAUCGGAAAUUAAAAAAGCUGCAAAAAUGCCAUUAAUUAAUGAAAUUGUACAACAGCCUGUUGUACUACCUAGUGAAUUAGCAUCGAUUAGUAAAGUCACGAAUGAAAAGAUUUCGCAGACAAUUGCCUCACAACAAAGUAUUGAUAUAAAAAGAUCAUCAUCAGCAUUUCCAACAAAAUCGUUCCGUAUGCGUUCGUCUAUACUGACGGAAUUACUGGAAGUAUCACAUAUACGAUCGAUUCGACAGAUAUUUAUUUCUAUACUUGUCCUUCUUGUUUUACAAGUUGCAAUGACUGAUCUAUUCGAAACAGGCUCAGUUGAUUUUCGAUUCGAUGUUAUUCGAUGGAAUUUUUCUAAUCUAUCAACAUGUUUACGUCUUUGGUUUAUACUUUUUACGUUGACAUGUACUGUAGUUUAUUAUUGUUUUCAUUUUUGGGCCUACAAACGUCUUUCGUUGAUUCCAAUUGUUUCAUCAUUGUCGCCAGAUACAGAAGCACCGAAGAAAAAAACGACAAGUUUAAUGAUUUUCGAUGGAUUUUGGUUGACUGCAUAUUGUUUGUAUAUUGGAGUAUUUCUAUAUUUUCCAGUGCACUUUAUUCUGGAAGAAAAUUAUCCAAUUGUAACUCGAAUGAUUGUCCUUGUAGAACAGGUCCGAUUUCUAAUGAAAUCUCAUGCAUUUGUACGAGAGAAUGCACCAAAUGCUAUACUUUAUGGUAAAAUUUAUUCGCAACAAAUUAAAGUAGAAGAUGUUGAAGAUAAAGUAAACGAUUCACCGAAGGAAGAAACAAAUGGCAUUAUUCCACAUACACCGUGUCCAGAAUUUUCUAAAUUUCUUUACUUCCUAUUCGCUCCAACACUUAUAUAUCGUGACUCGUAUCCACGAACGUCAUCCGUACGAUGGAACUUUGUUAUUUCACAUCUAAUACAAUUUGCAGCAACAAAUUUAUUUGCUUAUUAUUUAUUUUACCGAUUUUGUUUACCAGUAUUUCGUCAUUUCAAUUCAGAACACGUUACAGUAAAAAUCUUUGUUCUUUCAAUUCUCAACUGUACUUUACCAGGCGCUCUACUGUUAUUUUGUGCUUUCUAUGGUUUUCUUCAUUGUUGGCUCAAUGCAUUUGCCGAAAUGCUUCGUUUCGCUGAUCGACAAUUUUAUAGUGAUUGGUGGACAGCAACAUCAUGGAGUAGUUAUUAUCGAACAUGGAAUAUUGUCGUUCAUGAUUGGCUCUAUACAUAUGUUUAUCGUGAUUGUCAUAAGUUACUUGGCGUUAAAUAUCGGUUGGUUUCAAUGUAUGCAGUUAUUUUCCUUAGUGCAUGUGUUCAUGAAUACAUCAUAUCAUUAACGUUUGGCUAUUUUUAUCCUAUACUUUUUGUUCAAUUUGCUGUACUCGGUUUUAUUUCAAUGCUUAUAUUACCACAACGUACACAAAACUAUGCAUUUAAUGUGUUCAUAUGGGCAUCAUUAUUUGUUGGGCUUGGCAUGCAAAUGUGUUUAUAUUCUAUCGAAUGGUACGCUCGACAAAAUUGUCCGCGUUAUGUGAAUGGACCUUUGGAUUAUUUUGUACCUCGAUCACUUUUUUGUCGUGAUAGUGAUGUUAUCAAAUCUUCCAUACCGAAUAAUAUACUUCAUAAUCAUCAUGAUUUAUGA